AAUAGUAAUGUGCAACAGAGCUGAGAUGUCAAUGGAGGGUUAUUAUACGUUUGGUCCUCACAAAAUCGAUGCAAAGGAUGUAUUUUAUACCACCCAACUCUCAUUUGCCAUGGUCAACUUGCGCCCUGCUCUUCCUGGUCAUGUGCUAAUCAUCCCAAAGCGUGAAGUGAAGAGGGUUGCUGAUCUAACUGCUGAAGAGACUUGUGAUUUAUGGCUCACCGCACAGAAGGUUGGAACACAACUUGAGUCCUACCACAAUGCUUCAUCACUCACCUUCAAUAUUCAAGAUGGGCCUGAGGCUGGGCAGACUGUGCCCCAUGUUCACAUCCAUAUUCUCCCAAGGAAAAUUGGCGACUUUGAGAGGAAUGAUGACAUUUAUGAAGCUAUAGAUGAGAAGGAGAAGGAAUUAAAGCGAAAACUUGAUAUAGAAAAGGAAAGGAAGGACAGAAGCUCUGAGGAGAGGAUUCAAGAAGCAAAUGCAUACAGACCACUUUUCCUGUGACAUUUUAUGUCAACUUCAACUUGUUUAAAAUAUUUAAUAAGAUCACAAUUUCUUAUUAAUAGGGUUACGUUAUAUAACUUCAUUUCGAGUUUGAUUGGUUUGUUAGUACACUUAUAUAACCCUAAAAUAAUCUCCUUGUGUUUGUGCAAUAGACUGAAAAUGGUUCUGCAACACAA